AUGUCACUUGAGAUCAGUGAACAAAUAACAUCUGCCACAUCAGUAAUCCGCAACCACAUCAUUAAACAUAAUAGAAAGAACAGAGAUGACAAGAUUGACUAUAUAACGAUAGAACCUGAAAGGGUUUCUGUUUUCUAUGUUAAAUCCGAAUACCAAGCUCAGCACACAGAUGCCCCAAAUAAUAACGAAGCUCUUCUCAAACUGCAUAGGAUGUAUAACGAUAUGAAUAGUAAAGUCGAACAGAUCCAUAGUAGAAUAACUCAAGUGGAUGCCGUGAAUCAUAUCAUACAAUAUACAAAAGAGAUGGUGAAAGUCAUGAAAGAACCAUCACAUAAUAAGUUGAUUCGUCAUCCGAAUUUUGCAGAGGAUGAUUUCAAGCAGGUUAUUGCGUAA